CUAAUGCAGAAGAAAAAUGUAAAUAAACGAAAAACGAAGAGAUCAAUCUUUCGCCAUUGCAAUCAAGUUGUAAAACAAAAUUGUUUGCUAAGUUAGCUAGUGUAACAAAAAUUAGUUUAAUCGCUUUAACAACUGGCUUUCAGUUACAAUUGAGUGUGGAUAUCGUCGGAUAGUGUUCAGUUCUUGGUUCGGUUGAAUUCUCGUGAGUAUAAGUUAAAAAGAAAAAUAAUUAAGAGUUUGAUGGAAAUUGCUAUGAAAUGAUUAUGAUUUCUUACCCAUAGGACCAGUGGCUGAUAAAAAUCAUCCCUAUAAGAUCGUGGUAAAAUUGUCGUUUCGAAGAGCUAGACACGUAAAACCGUCAUAUCCAGCGGAGCAACAUUAGGGUAGUUGUACCAGUGUUCGACACCCUAGAGAAGUGCCCAAAGAAUAAAAGGAAACCACUUUAUUGUGAGUAGACAUAGUUAGGUUUUUGAAAAUAGUUUAUAUUAAUGAAAAAUAAAUAAUAUUAUAGUUUGAGCGUUGCUACAAAAAUCGUAAGCUGCUACUGAAAUUUGGUUUCCCUUCGGGAACAUUCUCAAAAAUAAAGUGACACCCGCGAAGUGAUUCCCGCGUAGUGAAGUGUCUAGUGAGGAGUGAAACCUGCAGCAAGAUGGCUUCCGAUGCAGAAUCCACCCACGACCAAACCAUCAUGGACCUGACGGCAACUCCGUGCGCCAUCUGUGGCCCGUCUACGCGCGACGAAGUUAUGGUCGGAUGUGACGGAUGCGCGGAAUGGUUCCACAUCCGUUGCGUGGGCAUCGAGGAGGGCAAACUGCCGAAGAAGUGGUACUGCCAAAGCAAGGCCUGCCAGGAGAAGGCCCAGGAGUACCACCAGAAGCAGAAGGACGCCAAGAAGCAGGCUCGCACCCGGAAAAACGGCAACGAGUCUGACAAAUCCAGCGUCAGCUCUCGCCUAGCUUCGUCUAGCGUGGAAGCGAAGGUGCGAGCGCUAGAGGAGAAGCAGAAGCGCCAAUACGAGGAGAUGGAGGCGGAACUGCUGCUGCAGAAAAAGGAAAGGGAGAUGCAGCGUGCGUUCGAGCAGCGAAAAAUGGAAUUGGAGCUGCAGAUGCGCGCUGAGGAACAAGAGGAGCAAAGAGCUUGGCAAGCGGAAAUGCUCCAGAAGAAGAAGGAACAGAUUCGGCAGAUGAAGGCGGACCAAGACUCGUUCGAGCUGCAGAUGGCAGCCAUGGAUAAGGAGUUGGCGGAACUGUCGGCUCAAAAAUCCAAACUGGAGCCGAAAGUAGUCGCGGGUGCUUCAAAAGCGGGCCAUUCCGGCAAAGUCGACCAAAAUGUGUUGAAGCUGAGCAAGGCGAACGUGAGGAAGCUAGCGCAAAGCUACGAAAGCUCCGAAGAGGAUGAGGAGGACGACGAUUCCGGUGAUUCGGAUCUGCAGAGCCAGAGUUCGGACUCGUCGAUGGAGCGCAAGGCGAAACUGAAGACGUACAAGAAAGUGGGAAGUGUCAGCCAAGACGGGCUGGGGCAGCAGCAGACCGGACCGACAAAGGCCCAGCUGGCCGCGAGGAAGGGGUUAACGUACAAACUCCCAAAAUUCUCCGGCAAACCAGCGCAGUGGCCAUUGUUUUUCGCGGCCUACAAAGCGUCCAAUGAGGCCUGUGGUUACAUGAACCACGAGAACCUGAUGCGACUUCAGGAAGCGCUGGAAGGUGACGCUCUGGAACUGGUAUCUGGGCAGUUACUGCUUCCCGAAUCCAUCCCGCAGGUCAUCGAGAAGCUGCGCCGACACUUCGGCCGCCCGGAACAACUGCUCCAAAGCCUAUUGGACAAAGUGAACCGGCUGGAACCCCCGAGGGCGGACAAUUUGAGGAGUUUUGUUCCAUUCGGAAAUACGGUGGAGCAACUCUGUGGCCAUCUGGAGGCCGCGGAUCUGAAGCAGCACCUUGUUAACCCGCUGUUGAUCAAAAGCCUUGUCGCCAAGCUACCAGAUCGAGAGAAGCGGGAAUGGGUCCAUUACCGGAGGGGCCACGGGGAAACAACCUUGCGAACGCUGACGGAUUUCUUAAUGGACAUCGUCGCAGACGCCUGCGAAGCCAACGUGGAUGUCGAGUUCGUGCCCUCUCCGCCGUCCAAAGGAAUUGCACCAUCCAGAAAAAAGAUGCCGAAGGAGAAAGGUGGACUAUACAGCCACAGCGAAGCCAGCGCAUCGGCCGCCAACGCCGGCGAGGAAAAGGUAUUGAAGCCCUGCAAACAAUGUAGGAGGACAGAUCAUCGGCUGCGACACUGCGGCGAAUUCAAGAAACUGCGGUAUGCGGAUCGGCUUAGGCUGGUGAACCGGGAGAAGCUGUGCCACGUGUGUCUGAAUGAACAUGGAGGGCAGUGCAAAUUCAAAAUCCGCUGCAACAUCGGUGACUGUCGAGACUUCCACAAUCCGCUGAUGCAUCCGGUCGGAAACACGGUCGGGCUAAGUGCACACAUCCGGACAAACUGCACGGUAUUGUUCCGGAUCGUUCCGGUGCAGCUGCACUACGGUGGAAAAACGGUGUCAGUGCUGGCGUUCCUGGACGAAGGUGCUUCCGUCACGCUGGUGGAGAAAAAGCUCGCCGACCGUCUGGGCGCGGUCGGAGUACAAGAGCGAUUGACCAUCCGGUGGACGGGAAACAUGUCAAGAGUGGAGGAUUCCCGAAGGAUGAGCCUGUGGGCGUCGGGAACAGGCGCAGCCGCCGGCAAGAUGCGGUUGCACACGGUGCACACUGUGGGAAAAUUGAUGCUGCCGCACCAAAAGUUGGAUUCGCAGGAGCUUGCCGCACAGCACGAACAUAUGCGAGGGCUGCCCAUCGAGUCGUACGACGGACAGCCGCAGUUGCUGAUUGGAGCGAACAACAUCCACUCGUUCGCGCCGAUAGAAGCAAAAGUGGGUACGCCCAUGGAACCGAUUGCGGUUCGAACUAAGUUGGGAUGGACGGUGUAUGGGCCGCGGCAAACAACCUCGUCGGCGGCCGGUAAUUAUCUCGGCUACCACCAGCAGAUUACCAACGAGGACCUGCACGAGCUGCUAAAAAGCCACUACGCGCUGGAAGAGUCAGUGGUGGCAAUCCCGCAGGAAACAGCAGAGGAGAAACGCGCCCGGGAAAUACUGGAGCGAACCACCAAACGCGUCGGUGACCGCUUCGAAACCGGACUGCUGUGGAAGACGGACGAUCCACGAUUCCCGGACAGCUACCCGAUGGCGGUUCGCAGAAUGAAGCAGUUGGAAAAGCGACUCGACAAGAAUCCGAAGCUGAAGGAGAACGUCUGCAAGCAGAUCGACGAGUACCAGCAGAAGGGGUACGCACAUCUCGCUACCGCCGAAGAACUGGCCGGUACUCCCGCCGACCAAACGUGGUAUCUGCCGAUCAACGUCGUUCAAAAUCCGAAGAAGCCCGAGAAGAUCCGUUUAGUCUGGGACGCAGCGGCGGCCGUGCAAGGAGUAUCCCUAAACUCACAGCUGCUGUCAGGACCGGACAUGCUCGUCCCACUCAUCAAAGUGCUCUGUGGUUUUCGCGAAUGGCGGAUUGCCUUCGGUGGAGACUUGAAAGAGAUGUUCCACCAGCUGCAGAUUCGCUCCGAGGACAAGCAGAAACAACGUUUCGUCUUCCGAAAAGAUCCGGAAGAACCACCACAAAUCUACGUCAUGGAUGUGGCGACAUUUGGGUCGACGAGCUCCCCCUGCUCGGCUCAAUACGUUAAGAACCGGAACGCCGAAGAGUUCGCCGCUCAGUACCCUGAAGCGUCGGUUGCCAUAAUACGUCGACAUUACGUCGAUGACUACUUCGACAGCGUCGACAUCGAAGAAGAAGCAGUGAAGCUGGCGCAGGAAGUCCGGUUCGUCCACAAACAGGGCGGAUUCGAAAUCCGCAACUGGGUUUCCAACUCGCCAAUAGUUCUGCGCAGUCUAGGAGAGGAGAAGCCGGCGGCGCCGGUACAUUUCAGCCGUGACAAACAGACGGCCAAUGAGAGAGUCUUGGGAGUGAUCUGGGAUCCGAACACGGACCAGUUUGCGUUUUCAACGACGCACCGCGAAGAGUUGAUGCCGUACCUGUACGAGGGGAAGCGGCCGACGAAAAGACUAGUCGCCAGUUGUGUGAUGGGAUUCUUCGAUCCGCUCGGAUUGCUGUCGCCGUUCACCAUCCACGGCAAGAUCAUCAUCCAGCAUCUGUGGCGGUCCAAGUGCGACUGGGACGAGGAAAUCGAUCCCAAUUCCUGGGAGCUGUGGAAGCGGUGGACGAGUUUGUUACCGGAGGUCGAAGCUAUCAGGAUUCCACGUUGCUAUCUUGGCGACGCUAGAUCAAUCGAAGUCAAUUCGUUGGAACUCCACAUCUUCACCGAUGCCAGCGAACACGGAUACGGCUGCGUAGCAUAUCUGCGAGCAGUCAUCGACGGGAACGUCCACUGCAGCCUGAUGAUGUCCAGGGCUAAAGUGGCACCGGUCAAACGGCAGUCGAUUCCCCGUCUGGAGUUGAUGGGCGCGGUGAUGGGGGCCAGGAUGAACCAAGCCGUUCUGGACACUCACUCCUAUCAAAUCAACCGCACCGUUUUCUGGACAGACUCGCGCACCGUAUGCAGUUGGAUCAAUGCCGAUCAACAUCGGUACAAGCAAUUCGUCGCCUUCCGGGUCGGCGAGAUACAAGAGUUGACGAGAGUAGCGGACUGGCGAUGGAUUCCGACCAAACUAAAUAUCGCCGACGUGCUGACGAAGUGGGGACAAGGUCCUCCGUUGCAGAGCGACGGAGAAUGGUUCAACGGACCGGCGUUCCUGUAUCGGCCGCAAGACCAGUGGCCAACCCAAGAAGCGUUCUUUGAAGAGACGGACGAGGAAGCAAGAGGUAUCGUGUUGUUCCACGGAGCGAUCGACGUCAACCCGAUUUCCCGUUGGACGAAGUUGCUGAGGGUGACAGCGAGUGUGGUGCGCUUCAUCGACAACUGCCGGCGAAAAUGUAGAGGAGAGCCGAUAGUGACCACGUGGGCUACGGCGAAACAGCGGCAGCUAACCCAACACGUUGCGGCCAACUAUCCGUCGGUGAAAGCCCCACUGGGCCAAGAAGAGCUUCGACGGGCGGAGACAAUCCUAUGGCGUCAAGCACAGUGGGACAGUUUCCCGGACGAAAUGAGUGCGCUCACAAACAAUGUGGAGCGCCAGCCGGGUGGCCCAAUUUCGGUCGUCAAGAAAUGCAGUCCGAUCUACAAGAGCUCGCCGGUGCUGGACGAUGAAGGUGUGCUGCGGAUGGACGGGCGGCUCGCAAACGCGGAUGAGAGCUCUUUCGACAAAAGACAUCCGAUAAUCCUGUCCCGGUCCCACGAAGUAACGCAAAAGCUGAUCCAGUACUAUCACGAGCAGUUCGGACAUGCCAAUUUGGAGACCGUGUUCAACGAGAUGCGGCAGCGGUUCCAGAUACCGAAAAUGCGACCGGCGAUACAGCAGGUUGUGAGCAAGUGCGUCUGGUGCAAAGUGAACAAGUGCCGGUCGCUUUCUCCGAGGAUGGCCCCACUUCCAGUGGAACGAGUAACGUCCCACCUUCGGCCAUUCAGCUCCGUGGGCCUUGACUACCUAGGUCCGGUAGAGGUUGCGGUCGGUCGGCGAAAGGAGAAGCGAUGGGUAGCGGUCUUCACCUGCAUGGCCGUGCGGGCGGUGCACCUUGAGGUCGCCCAUAGUCUCACGACGGAGUCCUGUCGGAUGGCCAUCGCUCGGUUCUGUAGCAAAUUCGGCAAACCGAACAAUAUCUUCUCCGAUAAUGCCACUUGCUUUCGGGGAGCAAGCAACGAGAUGGAGAAAAUCAAUAAAGAAUGCGCGGAGGGUGUUAGCAGUUCAUCAACCGCCUGGCACUUCAUUCCGCCCGCAACGCCGCAUAUGGGUGGCGUCUGGGAGCGGAUGGUACGGUCGGUGAAGCAAGCCAUGCGCGCACUCGACGAUGGACGAAGGCUGACGGACGAGAUCCUGGCGACAACACUGACGGAGGCGGCCGACAUGAUCAACACGCGGCCACUAACCUAUUUGCCGCAGGACUCGACCGAAACGGAAGCACUGACGCCGAACCACUUCCUCCGAGGAACGGUGUCUGGUGCGGACGUGAAAUUGGAGGAAUCAGCCACAUCCGCAGAAGCUCUGCGGAACUUAUACAAGCGUUCCCAAUAUCUCGCAGACCGCAUGUGGGAACGUUGGAGCAAGGAAUACCUUCCUACGAUCAACCGACGGUCGAAAUGGUUCGACGAUCAACAGCCGCUCCAAGAGGGCGACUUGGUCUUCGUAGUCGACGGCAAAAACCGGAAGUGCUGGAGACGCGGCGUCAUCGAGGCAGUCAUCCAGGGCUCGGAUGGCCGAGUCCGACAGGUAGACGUUAGGACCGCCGACGGUAAGGUACAGCGACGAGGCGUGGUAAAUUUGGCGGCACUGGAGGUAAGGUAAAUCCGGGAAUGCCGGAUGUUACGGGCUGGGGUGUUACGAUGCCGCAUUAAAAUAAGUUUUCUUGGAUUUCUGGGCCGGUCUAAUAAUGGACCCGUCUAACCGCAGCAUAACUACCGCAACAUGACAGUACGCGUGUAGUAGUAGUGGUAGGUGGAGAGAUGAAAUAAAGCUAAUGCAGAAGAAAAAUGUAAAUAAACGAAAAACGAAGAGAUCAAUCUUUCGCCAUUGCAAUCAAGUUGUAAAACAAAAUUGUUUGCUAAGUUAGCUAGUGUAACAAAAAUUAGUUUAAUCGCUUUAACAACUGGCUUUCAGUUACAAUUGAGUGUGGAUAUCGUCGGAUAGUGUUCAGUUCUUGGUUCGGUUGAAUUCUCGACCAGUGGCUGAUAAAAAUCAUCCCUAUAAGAUCGUGGUAAAAUUGUCGUUUCGAAGAGCUAGACACGUAAAACCGUCAUAUCCAGCGGAGCAACAUUAGGGUAGUUGUACCAGUGUUCGACACCCUAGAGAAGUGCCCAAAGAAUAAAAGGAAACCACUUUAUUGUGAGUAGACAUAGUUAGGUUUUUGAAAAUAGUUUAUAUUAAUGAAAAAUAAAUAAUAUUAUAGUUUGAGCGUUGCUACAAAAAUCGUAAGCUGCUACUGAAAUUUGGUUUCCCUUCGGGAACAAACACUUAUACGCUUAAUACGAUUCAUGUAAAAUUUGAACUCCUUAUGAACCAAAUUGUGCACAGUAAUUUUAGAUGCAAAAGAAGAUUGGAAAAAACUUUA